AUCUACCUAUAUGCCGUCUGCCGUCAUACACCUUGGGCUUGACCCAGCCGUCGUCUGCAUAUAUGUACAUUCGUCAGGCAGCUGAGACCGCGAUCCGGAAGCCCAACAGCUACCUCUCGAGCUCAUCCUGCAGCUCCACCAAACCCCGCUCUACAUACACAUUCACACAGCAGCUCCCCAUCUCCACACCAACACCAAGCUGUCUCCCACCAAACUCUCAACCCUCUCCCACCACACGUUCAGAAUGGCCUCAUCGGCCACCCACCCCCCCAUCAUCCCCCCCGAAGACCUCACCUCCUUCCAAACCCACCUCUCCCGCUCCACGCGCAUCCUCGCCCUGCUCGGCGCCGGCCUCAGCGCCUCGUCGGGCCUCCCGACCUUCCGCGGCGCCGGCGGUCUCUGGCGCACGCACGACGCAAUGCAGCUCGCGACGCCCGAGGCUUUCAGUCGGGAUCCCGCGCUCGUGUGGCAGUUCUACAGUUACAGGCGGCACAUGGCGCUCAGGGCGAAGCCGAAUGCGGCGCACUUUGCGCUGGCCGAGUUGGCGAAGCGGCGGGGGGAGGGGUUGCUGACGUUGAGUCAGAAUGUGGAUGGUCUCUCCCCGCGCGCAGGCCACCCGCCAGAAACGCUCAAACUCCUCCACGGCUCCCUCUUCGACCUCAAAUGCUCCUCCUUCUUCUGCUCGCACGUGGAACGCGACAACUACACCGACCCCAUUGUCCCCGCCCUCGCAAUCCCCACAACAAAAACAGCAGAAAACGAAAACAACGGCGAAAUCGAUCCCACAACAAAGCAAGCCCUGAACCAACUCACAAAUAACGGAAAAGAAGAAAACGAAGAAGAAGAAGUAGACACCAGCAUCGCCGCCUCCUCCUCCUCCUCCACCUCCCCCCGCGAUGCACAAGCAGAAGCGGACGCAAACCCCAACCACUACCUCGACAUCUCCAACCCGCACGUCACCCUCCCCACCAUCCCCCUCUCCUCCCUCCCCCACUGCCCCUCAUGCACCCACGGCCUCCUCCGCCCCGGCGUCGUCUGGUUCGGCGAAAUGCUCCCCGCGGACAUCAUGGCCUCCAUCGACGCCUGGAUCGAGGCCUCGCCCACAAUCGACCUCAUGCUCGUCGUCGGCACGAGCGCUAAAGUGUACCCCGCUGCGGGCUUCGUCGAUGUGGCGCGCGCAAAGGGGGCCAGGGUCGCCGUCGUGAAUGUAGAAAGGGAUGUCCCGGCUGGUGGGUUGGCGGAGGGGGAUUGGUUGUUUGAAGGGGAUGCCGCGCUGGUGUUGCCCGAGUUGUUGAGGAGGGAGACUGGGGAGGUGGGAGUCCAGAGUAUAUGAUUGUGGUGUGGCGUUUGGUUUAGUAUAAGUGGUCGUGGACGCGUCCUUGGCAUGUUGUCUGCUUUUCUCUUUUCUCUUUGCUUCGCAGGUUUGCAUCGCGGGAUGAGUAUGGGGAGUAUAACGAUUAUGUAUCUGGUGGGAUAUCGGCGUUGGAUAUGGACUUCAACACAGGACAGGCGUUGUCACGGUACUUUUAUUUUUAAUUCGGAUAUAUAUUACUCAGACCCUCUUUCUUGGAGAGCACGGUUAGCGACAUUUUCCUUGGACUGCACGAAGAACCAUAGUAGGUUCAUGCGUUAUAUAGUACGGCCGUGCCCAUGUCUGAAGAUAUGAACGAAUGGAACACGUUAU